AUGGUGACACUGGUGUGCGCGCUCGUCGGUGUGAAGGGAAACGCAUUCCCUGUGGACAUCGAGGCGAGUCAGCUGGUUGGCCACUUGAAGGACGCUAUCAAGGCGAAGGAUGAGGAUGAGGACAUCAAAUGUUCUGCGCGCAAGCUGGAGCUGUUCCUCGCCAAGAAGGGCGACAACAAGUGGGUCGAAUCAAGCACAGAUGAUGUGAAGAAGCUCAAGAAAGGGGAAAAGACUGCUCUAAUCGAAGCGCUGAUACACGAAGACAAUGAACUGCAGGGAGAGUCUGGCCUUCAGAAGGUGUUGAAGGAUAUGCCUGAGCCGUCCACCGAUCAAAUCCACGUGUUGGUGGUGGUUCCA